AUGGCUGAGUAUUCUUCAGAAAAUGAAUACGAAUGCCCAGACUGCAAAACAAAGUUAGGCAAAGACAACAAGAUAUGGAACACAGCCUGCGGGGUGAAUUUAGCAGGGAUCGGAUAUGGUUACGGCAACUAUCGCGGUAAUAGAGUAUUGGUUCAGCAAAUAAGAGAAAAUAAGACUGCUUCUGGCUUAAUUAUUAUCCCAGAUGAAAGCAAAGAAGUUAAAAAAGAAGCGACAGUUAUGUUGGUCGGCGAUGAAGUAACGAAAGUAAAAGAAGGCGAUACCGUUAUAUUCGACGCCUACGCCGGCAACAUAUUUUCUGAUACAGACGACAGCUUGCAGACGCUCAUAACUGAAGACGAUAUUUGGGCUGUCUUGUAG